CUCCCUCUCCCCCCCCCCUCCCUCCCUCUCGUAUCCAACCCAUAUCUCCACCACCCAAAACAUCCGAAACCCUCUCCUUUAUAUCCCCUCCUUCCCCUCUCCGUCUGGCUUCUCCAUCUCUCAGCACCCAUUUUUUGUUUAGAGCUACCAAGAAAGGAUGGGGACGAGCGCCUCCAAGAACCCGGACAGCUCCCAUGGCGGACGGGAGGGCGGCGGCCAGCUCUACGUCUCGCUCAAGAUGGAGAACUUCAAGAUCAGAGGCGACCUCACCCCCCACGUCUACGGCUCCGGCCCUAUCAUCGGUUCCUGGGACUCCUCCAAAGCCCUCUCCAUGGAACGGGAGUCGGCGUCGAUGUGGGAGCUCAGCUUCGUCGUCCCCUCCAAUCAUGAAACGCUGGAUUUCAAGUUCUUGUUGAAGCCCAAGUACAGCAACUCACCGUGCGUGGUAGAGGAGGGCCCGAAUCGGCUGCUGACGGGAGGUACGCUGGAGGGGGAUGCAAGGUCGGCGCUGUUCAAGUUGAGUGGGGAUGAGGAUGUGCUUGAGUACAAGGUCUUUAUUAAGGCGGAUAUUGUGUCACCAUUUGAUCUUGCGGCGAGCUGGAGGGCGUAUCAGGAGAACCUCCAGCCAUCGAGGGUACGUGGGAUUCCGGAUGUCACUAUCAAUGUGGCGCCUGAUGCUGGAUUCGAGAAUGGCUCUGCAGCUAGUUUGGAGCUUGAUUUAGAACAUUAUGUUGUUCCAGCACCAACUGCCAGCUCUGGUGUUGUUUAUGCAGCUAACUUAGCCGAGACUCCAAGGUCCUUGGUUCAUGCUGGUGUUUUCUCUAAAAGCGAUAUCUCAAGCAGUGGUUGGCAUUCUUCAAGUCAAACUGGGGUUGUUUCUACUGACCAUGCCAACAGUAAAAAGGAUAUUGAGGUCAUCAUUGGAGAUUCCACAAAAUUUUUUACAGCCUCCGGUAUGGUUGAGUCAAAAUCAGUUGGAACAUUUUCGCCCUUGCAAAAGCAGCAGGAUGGUCAAAGGGGACUCUUUGUUGAUAGGGGUGUGGGCUCUCCUAGGCUCGUCAAAUCAGCUAGUGCAAGUGCAUUCACAAGUGAUCUAAAUUUGGAUUCUGAAGCAAAGAAGGACAUGCCAGCAGCAGCUGGAGCCGUUGCUGCAGCAGCUAUAGCUGAUCAGAUGCUCGGACCGAAGGAAGAUCGGCGAUUGGCAAUUGUGCUGGUUGGUUUGCCAGCUCGAGGAAAGACUUUCACUGCAGCCAAGCUUACAAGAUAUUUGCGAUGGUUAGGUCAUGAAACUAAACAUUUCAAUGUGGGCAAGUAUCGCCGACUUAAGCAUGGAACAAAUCAGUCUGCUGAUUUCUUUCGAGCGGACAAUCCAGAAGGGUUGGAGGCACGCAAUGAGGUUGCGGCCUUAGCAAUGGAUGAUAUGCUGGCAUGGAUGCAGGAAGGAGGUCAGGUCGGUAUAUUUGAUGCCACAAACAGCACCAGAAAGCGAAGAAAUAUGCUUAUAAAAAUGGCUGAAGGAAAAUGCAAGAUCAUAUUUUUGGAAACUAUAUGUAAUGAUGAGCGGAUAAUUGAAAGAAAUAUACGUCUAAAAAUUCAACAAAGUCCUGAUUAUGCAGAAGAGCCGGAUUAUGAAGCUGGACUACGAGACUUUAAAGAACGGUUAGCCAAUUAUGAAAAGGUGUAUGAGCCAGUGGAAGAGGGUUCCUACAUCAAAAUGAUUGAUAUGGUCAGUGGACAAGGUGGACAGAUACAAGUCAACAACAUCAGUGGUUAUCUUCCAGGCCGGAUUGUAUUUUUCUUGGUGAAUACUCAUCUCACACCUCGCCCUAUCCUUCUUACUCGGCAUGGGGAGAGUCUAGAUAAUGUUAGAGGGAGAAUUGGAGGUGACACAGUGUUGAGUGAAGCUGGGGAGCUUUAUGCAAAGAAACUGGCUAACUUUGUAGAGAAGAGAUUGAAAUCUGAGAGGACCGCUUCUAUAUGGACUAGCACUCUCCAGAGAACAAUAUUGACCGCAAGUCCAAUUGUUGGAUUCCCAAAGAUUCAAUGGCGUGCUCUUGAUGAGAUAUAUGCUGGAGUUUGUGAUGGAAUGUCAUAUGAAGAAAUAAAGAGAAACAUGCCUGAGGAAUAUGAAUCGCGUAAGAAAGACAAGUUGAGGUAUCGAUACCCCCGUGGAGAAUCAUACCUCGAUGUCAUUCAAAGAUUAGAGCCUGUUAUUAUCGAGCUUGAACGGCAGCGUGCACCAGUUGUUGUCAUAUCUCACCAGGCUGUAUUGAGAGCAUUGUAUGCAUACUUUGCUGACAGGCCUUUAAAAGAAAUUCCUCAUAUUGAGGUACCACUUCAUACCAUCAUUGAGAUACAAAUGGGGGUCACUGGUGUUCAAGAGAAAAGAUACAAGCUCAUGGAUUGAGUUCAUUUUCCUAGGUGUAACACUAGUCAAUAAUCAGAAAAUUGGCAAUACUAUUUUGCUUUCUAAUGUAAUUUCUUUGGAAUCAUCAUUUGUAGACCAGUUAUAGGCUUGCAAGCAAGCCACUCUGGUCAAUUGUAGCAACACAAGCAUCUACCAAAUUAAAAAAGGGGCAAAUUUUCUGCUUUUUAAGCAAUCUGUUCCUCUCUUUCUUUUCAUAUUUCUUUUUCCUUUCUUUUUUUUUAAAGUGCCUACAUAAUGUAACUGGCUAAUAUGAAAUCAUAUAUCCGCAAGCAGAUAAGGUAAUACUGAGAUCAUCUUUGGAGGAAAAAGAACAAAUAUUACUCGGAUUUGCUACAGUUCUGCACUUAUUUCAUUCUUUUUUCUUAAUUUGGAAGAUGAUCUGUAACCACCGUGGGUGCUUGUGCAAAUUAUGGCUGAUGUCGUUUCCUUCCCUCAACUGUGCUGAAGGUUUGAUGAAAUUAUUUUGUGUUCUUAAAUUGAGUUAUGCUUGAGCUUGUAAAGAAUGGUCUAUAUUAAGUGAUAUAAAAAAAUCGGAAGGUGGCAUGUUCUUAGUUCAUUUAACUUUUGCUGCAGAUCCAACAAGACCCAGAGAUGACCAAGAGUCAUAUGCUUGUGAAGGUCAUUGUAGUCACCACUGAAGAGCACCACGACUCAAGGAUCUUUAGCUGUCAAUCUACACUUAUCCUAACUUAUUGAAUUCCAGCUUAAUGAGUGAAGCUUGCAUGAUGCUUGGGAACAUCAUGACUUGUGAAUCCUGCUCUCUCUACCUAUGGACCUAUUGACUCUUAUCAUCCGUGGGUACGUUAGUCUUGGUUCUGCAGAUGCCUUGGAAACUUCUCUGGCAUAAGAAGGUACCUUCCUGCCUCUGCACGUGUAGAAAAAUGAUCACUUGCUGCGGGGGCACCCAUACAGCUGGUGGAUCUACUUUUACCCGACUUAGAAGUUAUGUUCCUUAGAAGUCCACUAAUCUCCUAUUAAAGAACGUGCUUUCACUCUAAUUGGAGGGCAGGCUCUAGUUACAAGGUGAGUAAUUGAUGACGUUACUACCCAUGGUCAUGUAUAAGAAAUGGUGUCCGAAAAUCUUGAGGCUAAGGUUCUUCCACAACAGCUGGGUAGAAUCAUGAACUCUGUAGCAUCUGGCCUGCCUUGUCAGCCCAUGAACCAACUGCUAGAUGUCCACUCAUACAGCUACUCGUGUCUUGCUGUUGUUUCUGUUCAUAGUUAUUUGUGCUGAUAAUACUACUCGUGUAUGCCACCUGCUUCCUUGGAAGAAAAGCGAAUUUAGCAGAACCUCUUCCAUUUCAUGGUGACAAUGGCUGCCAUCCAUCCCCUCUCUCUGGCCUACAAAUUUGAGGCCAAGCAUGAUGCUGCAGCCAAGCGGGCAGUUUGCUGGAGUUCGGCAAAAGAUGACGAAACGGGCAGGGUCCUGCCUGGGUGCAAAUAUGGCGUCCAUAAUUGGUGCAUUGAUGCCUGGCUCAUGUAAUGCUCCACCUGGCUUGCUUGCCAAAAUCCUGUAGUCUAUGCGGAAGAGAGUAGAGAUUGGGGGUUGGAGGCUUCUGAUCAGAUGGUGGAGGGGAGCAUUGUGCAGGAAGAUGUGUCUGCUAGGGAGGUAUCAAAGCGGGAGCCCAGAACCAGCUUUGCAUGCCACUCCCAGAUGCCAGCUGAUGAUUUUCAUUUUUCUCUUGUUGUUUCUCGGAUUUCUCCUUGAAGCCAGAGAAAAGCCGUGUGCGUGGCACUUGCUGAAUGAUGAUUUAAUCUGGUUAUGCUUGCUUUUAGGUCAAGUGUCCAUGUUCAGUUCACUAGUCUUUUCUAGCAUUGCAAAUGCUACAAAAAUGAAUUAUGUUCACUUCUGCGCAUGCCGUCAUUAUUAAUGAAUGAUUUGGUUAUUUU